AUGAAGCUCAAGAAUAUACCGGACGACGAGAUCGUGGAGGUCAUUCUUCGUUUGGUCAACAAUGCCGAUGACGAGAACAUAUCCUGGAUUCCACCAAGGGAAUGGAUGUAUGAGUACGUCACUCCCAGCUGGCAAGUCGACAUUGCCAAAUCGUGUGCGAAGACCAUCAAGAAUCGGGUCGACAUUCAUCUUACAGUUCCCACUACCCUCGGUGCGGGUGCGGGAAUCAAGCGAAGACGAGACGUCAGUCCCGGUGUAUGCGACGAUGACGAUCAGAGCAGACACGUUGUCAAACGCCAGCGUGUUACGAAUGACAAUGCUCUACAUGCACGAGAUCCAGCACCGAAAGCCAAACCCAGACCAAAGAAGAAGAAAGCUCCGGCAAAGCACUCUACGCCCAUCCAGGUGUCCGAUAGUGAAGACGCUGGGGCACCCAUUGAAGACUCCGACUCGGUCUUUGAGGAUAGUGACGAGGAGUUGAGCAGUGACGACGAUGGACCGAUCAUCGUGUCCACCAAGCUCCCAGAGAGAGUAGAGCAGGACUUACCUGUAAAGGUCAGUGAGGUAGAGGAUCUCCUGAUGAAGAAGUAUCGAGUUAAUGACGAGGACGCCAAGACGAUUUGGUGGCCUAUUCGGGCUCCUGCAGCCCUGGUCGAGACGCUGGGUGAGCUCGAGAUUGACUUUCGAUGCAAAGGCAAUCAUGCUGAUGGCAAGAAGACGGAAAGAUGCUCGACCGCCCAGGACCUGAGUGUUCAUAUGGGCAAGGCUCACCCAAGUGUGGACCGUGUGGUUGGUAUCGACAACGACAACACACGAAUGACCAACACGCUCGAGAGACAUUGA